CUCAGUUUCCUGACCUACCCCAUGGGAUGCAUCCUCAAGAACCUGGCCGGCACCUCUCACCGGUUCCGCAGCUUCAACAAUCUUUACAGCAGCGCCGACAGUCUCAACACGUCUGGCUUCCUGACGGGACCCUGCUUCGGUGACAAGAGCACGCUGCUCGAUCCUAGUAUUGCUCCGUUGAAGACCCACGGCGUCGAUGGGUCGGAUCAGGCAAUUGUGGAGUGGUAUCAUCUCUGCCGGACCGGGAAGCGGCAGUACUCCCGCGCAAUGGAUAAAAGGUCUUGCCAGUUGUUCGAUUCGGUGUUUGUCGAUGAUCACACCUAUGUAGUUGACGACGAGUUGCGUAUACAUCAAGCUUCGGCCGUGUCGGUGCUGAAGCACUGGUGCAAGAGAAACCGGGAUAAUGUAGUGGAGAUGGACAUUGCUGUCAGCAAACGAGAGGCUGUCGCGCUACUGCGAGCGGCGAUCAAUUCAGAGACUGCGCUGACAGAUGCGUUCAAGGGGAGGUUUCAGCAGGAAGCACAACAGUUGCCACCUUCAAAAAGAAGAACAGGCUCACCAUCGGUGGAGAAGAUGCAGAUCUUUGUCAAGAUCUUCACAGGCGAGACCAUCACCCUUGACGUGGCAAGCUCCGACACGGUUGCUGCCGUGAGGAGUAAGAUCCAGAUGAAGGGGAAGCUAAUGGCUGAUUGUAGGUUCGUGUACGGUGGCAAAUGCCUGCAGGAUCCAUGGACCCUGGCUGAUUGUGGCAUUCGCAGAGAAGCCACCAUCCACCUUGAGUUUUACCCCCGCGGCCUUAUCAAAACAGACACAGAAUGACUAAGAGGUUGAGACUUGAGAAUCAUUAUGAUGCACACAGCCAUUUUUACAUUAUAGUUUAUGAAAGGCA